AUGAGCUCUGUCCUUGACUUCCAGAACUUUACAGAUCAUACAUACUUUUAUUCAUAUCUAUCUAUCUAUCUAUCUAUCUAUCUAUCUAUCUAUCUCAUUCAAUUCAUCUGUCAAUCUCAGUCUGUUCAUAUCUAUCUUUUUCAGUCUGUUCAUAUCUAUCUAUCUAGAUAUCUGUCUCAGUUUGUUCAUAUCUAUCUUUUUAUCUCAUCUGUUCCUAUCUAUCUAUCUAUCUCAGGCUGUUCAUAUCUAUCUAUCUAUGUAUCUAUCUAUGUAAAUUUAUUAGCCUCUCUUUCAAUUACCAAUCAUCAUUCACUUUCAUUCAUCCAACACUCUUUUGCUGCAUUUUCAUUCCCUCUUCCUAUCUCUGCCUUUUUCUUUUUUUCUUUUUUAUCCCAUGCAUCACUUUGUGAUAUUUUUCUUAUUUCGUUAAUUUGCUUUUUCUUUUACUUACUUUCUUCUUGUCCAAUUGUUUUUUUUCUUUGCUUAGCUCUUUUAUUUUCUCAUCUGCAUUUUUUUCUUCAUUACUUAACUUCUUAUUCCACGUGGCAAUUCUUCUUAAAUUUUUUGUUCAUUCUUCUUCCUUGUUCAUUCACAUUGAUUUUCCUUUACUCUCAUUUUACACUCUAA